AUGUUUCUAGAUUGCUCUGACCAUUGGGAGCUUGUUCAUAGAAAGCAUGGUCCCGUUUGUUGGGCGGUAAUAAUUGGGAUCAAUAGGGGCCAAGUAACAAACAAUUUCAGCUGGUUCCUUUUCCUGAGAACAUGAAGGGUCACACAACUGAAGAGAUUUGUGCAUUCACGCAUUCGGAAGAAGCAGACGUUAGGAAUCCGGCAGAGAAAUCCAUUUUGGCAGAACUGACGAAACGAACGGAUAAGCCCGCAUUGACAUGUUACAAGGCUUCGCAGUUUUCGUUGGAAGACGAUUACAAAACGGUGGAUUACGAGCGACCGCCAGAAUACAUUCGGAAGGUGAACGAAGAUGGAGUGGUGAGACUGAAGAAGGGAAUCGCGAAGGAAGACGUUAUCACUAUUGGAUUCUCGUUCAAACUGUGAGUACACGAGAGGUGGAUGGAGAGGAAACAGAAAGGGAUUCAGGGUAAAACCGCAUCCGAGGAACACGAACGUGUGGCAGAGCGUCAGAAUCAGAAUAAGAAAUUCUUCCGAUCCUGGAAAUUAUUCAGUUGAAGUCUAUUGUUAUUCCGAGGGGCGAAGUGGAACACUCAGGAAAUGCACAUUAAACCAUCCGGGAAUGCAGAAAAGCGUAGAAGUUGUCACUCCAACUUACUUUUUUGCUGUGGCCAAGAUAUGGAAUCUCGUGUUCGAGUGAGAAUAUCCGUUGCCACAAAUGAAUAUCAACUUGCAAGUAUUGAUUUCAGUUUCGUUGACAAACAAAGCGUUAAAGUUUUCGACGAGAGACUCGAGAUUCCAACGGAGUACAGUUUUUUGGGAAUGGACGAGAUUUCUGUGGAAAAUGUGACUGUGGCGAGACUGGAGCAUUCGAAAAAGUGCCGACAGAAAUUGGAAAACGGAUAUGAGUUCGAGCGGAGGAAUCUUCCAGUUCCGAAACUUCCGAAUCUGGACCUGAACGUAACAAGAUCCAGGGCUGGGCAAAGGGCCGGCCUACUGCUGACCCAGUUAGAAUCCGGAUCGGACCCAAACUCUGCUGGCUUUUCUGUACUUGUAUUGAAGUUCGUUGGUCCCAAAUCCCAGACCGUUCGGAUAUUCUGGUCCGGAGAAACAUCUCUGAAACUUGGUCCCGGGAUGCUUCAAUUCAAGUCAAAAAAUCUUGGGUUCGAUCAAAAUAUUUCAACGGUGUCGAAUGUGCUGUCUUUUGCCUAGCCGUGACGGGCUCAUGAGAACCGAAAAAAGAGAUGGCCACUGCAGAACAUUCCUGUCCGUCGUCGUUCGUUCGGAUCCAACUACAGUUUCGUCAUGCCUAACUCUUAUUAUGAUUUCUAUGACGAAUUCGCUAAAGACCGACUCAAGCACAAUCCGGUCGUGUUUGACAUUCGAAUGUACCAGACGGGAAAAAAGUGGGCAGAAGAAAUGGCAAAAGUGAACGGAGAGGUUUCAGAGACAUGAACGUCUCAUUUUGGAACCACCGAGAUAACCGAGAAUCCUACCGACUCGAACUCAAAGAUAGGGGUCUCUACCUGACCUAUUGGAAGACCUAUUCGGAGGAAAAAACCGUGCGAAUGGGAAAAGCGAGCGGAAAAGAGGCCUACGGGAAUCCGCUGGCGAAUCUGAGAGUUAAGUGAGUGAGAAGGAGAAGAAAACAGUGGGAAAUUGAAUAACUUUGCAGUUUGACCACGUUAUAUCAUAUGAUGGACAUUAGUACAACAUACAUGUACGUUGGCACAACGGUGAGAGAGUCCAUCUGAGCGUUCCGGGAAAAAAUGCGGAAUUUUCAGGAUAAAGACAGUUCGCCGCAUGAACCGACCCAUUAUUCGGUCGAUGAGAUCCGCCUCGCUUCUUCCAGUGGCCUCUUUUACGAAGCGAAGCUCACUUUUCCGAGUGAAUUUAUCAUGAAGACGUGCAAUUUCAGACCGAUUUCAGUAGAAGACGUGGGGAGAAAAGGAAGAAAUGAAGGGAAUCCGAGUGAUUUCAGAUGGACGAAAGAGUGCCGUUCCGACCGAAAUGCAUUCAUGAAACAAAGGUUUUGUGUGAGAGAGCCGUCGAUUUGGGACACGAAGAGCCGAUUUGGGAGGAAGAGAGGGAGGAGAGAGUGUGGGGAGAGGAGAGAGUGCAGACGAGCACAGAAGAGGAAUCGACGACGACGAUGGCUGUUCAGCAGUUGGAGGUGGUGGAGUCGGAGGAGGAAGAGGAGGAGGAGGAGGAGAAAGUGACGGUAGACAACAUCGGUGAAUUCUCCGUCUUUUCUCUUCGAACCGAUCCUCUUCAGAUGGAUUGCAAUGGUGUGUCGUCAGUCUGACAAGUCUCUCCGUCGGCGCAUCCAUCGCCGUCGUCAUUCUGAACUUCGUUCGUUGGGUAUAA